AUGACUACUCUUUUCUCUGUCCCGAUCGCCUCAACCGGCGGCUCCAUCGUAUGCGCAAACCCAACAGCCAACAAAGGCCAAGAGCAAUAUAAUAUAUACCUGUUGACCAUCACUUCGCCGAGAGAUAACCGUUUGACCCCAACAUUUAUUGAUGCGCUUCUGCUGUCACUGGACAUCAUUGAGCAUCACUAUCCGAAGGGCGUUAUAGUCACCACUAGCGGUAUCGCUAAGUUCUACAGUAACGGAUUGGAUCUCGAACUGGUUGUGAGCACGAAGGGAUUCCUCGAAAAGUGGAUGUGGCCAUUAUUUCGGCGGUUUUUGACAUACCCCAUGCCAUCUGUAUGCCUUUUGAAUGGUCACGCCUUUGCGGGUGGAUUCAUAUUGGCCAUGUAUCACGACUACCGGAUUCAAAAUCCAGAACGAGGAUUCCUGUGCGUCAACGAACUGGAAUUCGGCGUGACGCUCCAAAUCCCCGUGAUGCGGAUGCUCCUUGCGAAAUUGAACCCAGCCACCUUCCGUAAUAUGGUUUUGGGAUCGCACCGAUUUGGUGGGAAGGACUCGCUGCAGGCGGGAAUUGUCGAUGGGGUGGGUGGACUGGAUGAGGUCCUGGGAUUGAUUCGCGACCGCAAACUGUUAAAUAAAGCUGAGACAGGCAUAUACGGUACCAUGAAGGAGGAGAUGUACGCAGGGGCGUUGAAUAGUCUUGAUGAUUAUGCCGGGAACCUAGCGUGGCGGGAGAAGAUGGAAGGAAAAAGGGAUGCUGCGCAGAAGAGGAGCCUGCAAGCCGUAGCGGGCUGGGAGAAGGACAAGGCAAAGCUGUGA